AUGAAUCAAAUUCUGCCGGUCGAGACCCACGAAUCGCGUCACCCCCUCACCUCUUUCGAGCAGAAUUGUCUUGGGUGUCCAUUCAAGAGGCUCUUCUACGACUGCGACGAUUUUGCCUACGUGACGUACAAUGGGAAGCGUUGUUCCAGUGUCGAGGCACUGCUGCUCACGGGAUAUUUGUACUAUGGCAGACACAUCUACCAAGCGUCUUCCGUGCAACUGCUGCUUCUGGCGCGCUUGUUGCCACGGAAAAUCAUUCGCACGUUCAAUGUUCUCAUCCUACGAUGGCAAGUGGAUCCGAAGACAGGGACGAUAACCCACGCGCUGUCCUGCACGUGGUACACUGCUAGCAUGGAGAAUCGCGCAUCAACUAGCGUGACGCCAGUAGCUUAG